UCGUUUGUUCACGUUCGUUUCUCUGCGUGCUUUCCCGAUGUAUCUGACGUUCGUUUGUAUACUUCAGACAAUUUGACUUCCGAGUAACUUUUCAGUCAAUUCCGUGCUACAUCUGAAUUCCAGAGAACUUCGAUAAUCCGAGCAACUUGGCCGUGUAUUUAGGAACUGGUUUGUGCAGAGUCCGUGAUAAGGGAUCUGGAAAGGUCGACUCUCCUUAAAAAUGAGUGCACGACUUCUAAAGGACCCUGCUACCGUUAGCAGUAGAAUAUUUGUUGGUCACUUACAGACCGAAGACAUGACCAAGCACGAACUGGAAGAGCACUUCACUAAAUACGGGACCGUUGUAGGAUCUUUGAUCAAUAGAGGCUUUGGCUUUGUUCAAUUCGAAGAUGAACAGAGUGCGCAGCAAGCUAUUAAAAAUGAAAACGGAGCCAUGUUCAAAGGAAGGAGAAUCGAUGUAAGGCCAGCAAAAAAGGACACGCUUGGAGGAGGAGGAGGAGGAGGAGGAGGAGGUGGUGGUGGCGGCGGCGGCGGCGGCGGCGGCGGUGGUGGUGGAAAGCCAAGUGGAAUGGAUAACCAGUUUAGCCCAGGAAAAUCUCCAUUUGGUGGAAAUGAUUCUUUUGGUGUUAAUCGAAGUUUUGGAGGAGGAAACUCAACUUUUGCUCCAUCUACGCCAAGCUUCAACAAGGAUAGCCCCUUUGGUGGUGGCCCGAAUCAGAAGCGAGGAGGAAUAGGGGGACCGGGUGGAGACGGUGGAGGAGGGGGAAUUAUGCCGAAUCGCAUGAAUACUUCGAACGACCAGUUCAGUGACAGUAACGAAUGUUGGGAUAGUGACCCAGAAAAGUUUGACGACGGAAACCAAAGUGUAGGGGAUAACGACCAGUUCGGUGGUGGGAAUCAGAAUAGAGGAAAUGAUCAAUUUAGCAUUGGGAAUCAAAACAGAGGUGGGGGCAAUAUGUUUGGAGUGAGCGGCCAAAGCAGAGGUGGUAUUAAUCCACCUUUUGGUGGAAAUAAUCAGAAUAGACCCGUUGGUAAUCAAGGACGACCCAACCUUGGCGGUGGUGGAAUGAAUCAGAGUCAAAAUGUUCUACGAGUUCGAGGGAAUAGAGGUGGAAAGAAUAGGAAUAAAAACAAGGAAGUUGGAGUAAAUAGUUUUCGGGAUAGAAGUCCGAUAAACAGAGGACCUCGCGAUGACAAACUCGGCCACGAUUGGGAGAAAACUGGCGAUAGAAGUCGUCACGGUAGUUUUGGCAGUGGUUCCUUUGACGGUGGUCGUUUCGACGAUCUAAAAGGCCCUGUUGGAGGACCUAUGGCAGGAUCUCAUGGAGUUGGUCCCAGAGAGAUGAGCUCUGGAUAUGGGGGAUCUAGUGGUUCGGUGGAUUAUCAGUCAGCCGUAGCUGAAAAGAAUGACUGCGAGAUAAUCGUUGUCAACAAAGGUUUAACUGAUUACGCAGAGGCCAUAGAAAUGCGUCUAAAGAAAAUGGGUCUGACAGUGGAUCUUCUUUUCCCUAACGAAGAUGUUCCCCUCAGCCGAGUUCUUGGAAACAUAGCCAGCCGAGGUUGCCUCUAUGCAGUCGUAGUGACACACAUCAAUCAGGAACAUCACUCACUGACAUUAAACAUUCUUCACGGGCUUCCUCAAGAGCACAGAAACAUGCCGCUGGAAGAUGCCAUCAAUCUGAUAACGCGAGAUUUCGCCAACUACAAAUCAGGCGGUCGCUCGGUGCCCCUGAAUACCCCAUUCGCUAAUGAGCGCCACCCUGACGCUAUUCAGGUUCUGUUGAACAUGUUGGCAGACAAUCAUCAAUUGACCGUGCUGCAGUACGACCGAGUGAUCAAGUAUCUAGAGGUGAAAAGGGAGGAGCAGGUCCAGGUCGAGUUGGGCGAUGCCAAGGACUUGCCAUCGACGACUCUGGCCGUGAGCGACCCAAAGCAAGCCGAACUCCAGUCGAGGAUCCUGAACAUUCUGAACAGCAACAAGACCGCCGCCUCGGUACCAGCUCCUAGCCCCGUUCCGGCUCCGGCUCCUGUCCCUCCAGCUAAUUGGGGAGCAGCAGCCACGUCUACCACGAGCUCGACGACGACUUCCACGACGACCGGAGUCUCGCCGUCGCCUCUGCUUAACAAUCCCACGGUACAGAGGGCCCUCGAUAGCCUUUUGCAAGGGAAUCUGCUGAAAAACAUUGGAGAUCAACCACCCGCAGCUACGCCCGCCCCGCUCUUCGCUGCCUUUCCUAAUAUAGGUCGCUUUUAACUCGCCCGGCCGACCUAUCUUCAAUUAAACAUCGUACAUACAUACGCAAGCACUUCACCCUAAUUAUAGCCGAGCGAAGCAAUUUAACGCGUAUUUUACACGAGCCACCGUUUAAGCGUUACGUUCUUUCAAUUGUUCCGCCUAAGUCAAAGGAUUUUACACGCGCCGAAGUUUGCCUCCAAAUGCAAAAUCCAUUUGGACACCCACUCGGCCGGUCUUACUCGUUAAUUAUUGUUUCCUCGCACGAAAUAUAUGAAACCUUAUAUCCGCGUUCGCAGAUGGCCCUCUUUUUAAACCAUCUUGCACCGCUAAUGGUACUUUGUUGGCGGAUCACAGUGGCUUACGAUUACGGACCCACGUGUCUUAAUUGUACUGUGCUCAGUUCGUUUUAAUGAAAAGAGCGAUCGAGCAUUCUUUCGUCGUAAAGCGUCGAAGCAAUACGUGUUGGAUAUUAAUACGCGAGGAUGAAUUUAGGACCUCGGAAGGACGAAUUAUGGAGAAAUCGACGCGGAGUUUAGGCAAACUGUCUAAAUGUCGAAUUAUUACCCUCAGAGAAGAAUGCGCUGGUUUAUCGAAAUAUGUCUAGAGUAUCCGUUUCGUGUUACUUUUUUUUUUUUUUCUUUUUUCAUUAUUUAUCUAACACGUUUUCCCAAUUUAUAUUUGCUACACUAAACAACUAGGGAGUAUCCACAAGAGUUGAGAGUUGAAGGUAGUCGAUUGUUUCAUGCCGACUGUACGCUCAUCGGGAAGUAUUAAAUAUUUGUCUAGGAUUGUAGACAGCGUAUGUAAAAAAUCAUUCGUUUUAUUUAAAUAGAAGCACCGUUCAAUUUAACGCGCGGCUCGCGAUUUGGAGUUUAAUUCGCGCGUUGGACGAUUUUUAGAAUCCUGCUUCGAAAGCAAGUACAUUGAUUCGGAUAAACACUGGAGAGUAAUUAUAUAAAUCUAGAUAUUAAUGAGAAGUCGUAAGUAGCAUUACUUUCUUUUAUAUCGCCAUGUGAACGGACACUUCGUCUUUUCCGGCAGUCGUCGAUGCCAUUUCAUUACCAUACCCUAGGAUUCCCUCAAACUGGUUUAAAUAAAAGUUGAUUUUUUACAUGA